UGAUGACGGCAACGUCGCUUACAGUCAAGAUGGCUGCAUGUCUCCCGCAAGACGGAGACUCAAGUAAUCCGGACAAGCCUGGCUCUUCUUCCAACUCACAUACCUUGAAACAACAAGCCAGUGGUCCUCAAGGGGGAUCCUUAGCCUCGAGUGCCACUUCAGCGGAAAUCAAGCUGGAGGGUGACAAGGCAUAUGAUGAAGUAGCAAAUUACAAUGAAGAGGACCUGAGGACUUUUCUAGAAGAGGUCACGAAUGCUGGAAAGAGAAAAAACGACGACCUCUCACCCUAUGCCUUGGCACUAAUUCGCAAAGAACAAGAUGCUUUAAGAGAGGAGUCUAGCUCCGGAGAUGACACUCGGGAUCUAGCUCACAGACGUCGAAACAAAAAGUCACUUGUGGGACAUCGGGAUCAAUCCAGUGAUCAGUCUGCUGCUGCCCGUACAAGUACUGGGGGGUCAUUAGGCUCUUUACAUGACCUUUCGGAGACUAAACAACCCAAAAAAGUUGCUGGACCCAAUCAGGGUGUGGCAUCACGCUGCAGGGAGGGGGGCUCAUGUGGGAAUUUAUCACGUGGUUCAUUUGAGACUGUAAAAAGAAAGGGUCGCCGUUCAAGGGAUGCUGCUCGGGCAAGCACAAGCCAACGUGAAGGAGGUUCGCUACAGAAUUUAAGCAAGACAGAAGCUGCUUCCAAUGAGUCCAAGAAGCUCCACAAGUCAGGUAGUUUGAGCCAAGUUUGCUCUGACGUUGCUGGUGGUGCUCGUAGUAAGAAUCGGCGCCAAAAGACAGCAAGUGAAAGCUCCAGUAGUAGGUUUUCUCGCCGUUCAGAGGAUCGUGAAGCUGGUGAAGAGAGCUCUGGUGAUGAAACUACUGGGGAUAAUCGCUGUCGAAUACUAGCACAGUCACCCCACGCUGCAGAACACACUUUCCCUCCUGAAGGAGUUGGUGGGGCAUCUGGAGGAAUUGGUCCUGAUGUUAGCAAUGUUGUAGAGGAUUCUAUGUCGGCACUACGUGUACAUGUUUUCCCCCCAACCCAACAGGAUGUGGCCUCUGUGGGGGAAACCACCGAGGAGGAGGAUGAACCCAUAGAGGAGAAUGGGAUAGAGUUACAGAAAGUUACUUGCCACACAGCUGACUUUGACAACCUCCAAACUGAAGUAGACAAGGCAAUCUCCUACAACCUCGGUCGAUCGCAGGAGGACACCAUGCUAAGUGGCUGUGGGCGGCGAAAUCUAUCUCUUUCAGACUCUCAGUGUGUUACGUCUAUCUUCAAGGAAGAAAAAUCAUCAAACAAAGGCUCAGAAGAGGAAGGUGUGGGGAAGCGGAAGCUGUUGGCUAGUAGGAGUGACAGUGGAGGCAGUGAGAACAAAUCUUCCUUGGAUGAAAAUGGAAAUCCUGUGAUGUCUACUUCAAGCAGUUCUGGCUUGUCCUCAUCAGUUUCAACUAGGGAGAAUCACGGUACUUUUGUAGUGCAGGCUCAUCAUCCACGUAAAAAUGGCACUAGCAUUUCUCAUAAGGACGCUAGCAGGUUUGACCGGGUCAAAGCUAGAAAUGAUAAGAAAAAGGUUGGUACGUGUGGGGCUGACAAACCUAUGCUGUGCCAAGGGGAGGGAGGAAACCCUGAUUUCACAGCCAACAAAGAAAAGGAUGUUGUGAACAUUAAAGAGACACCUGGGUUUUGUGGUGACCAAGACCUCAACGAUAUCCUCAAGUUCCUGGGAGCUGAAGUUGAUUCUUCUAAUGGCAAAAAUAAGAAGAAACACAAAGGAAAGAAAGAUGACAAUCGAGAGGAAAAGGAAGGAAAAAAGAAAAAUAAGAAUUCUGAAAAAAUAACUGAGGAUACUGUGGGGGAAAAAUGUAGAAGCGACGAUGGCAGGUGGAAAUUUAAUGAGGAAAAUAGUUGUGUUGUGAGUGAGGUUUCCCGUGAUAAUAAUAAUAGAAGAAGCAAAGAAAGAGAGGAAGAGAAGAAGGCAAAUAAUAAUAAGAAGAAUAAAAGUAAUGAUAAGAAAAAUAAGAAAGGCUCUGGCAAUUUGCGUGAAUCCAGCAGUGUAGAAGAUCUUGUGUCAAAGAGCAAACAAAGUGACAAUGUGCGUGAUAUACGUAAACAGGUGACGGUAGAUGAUGGGGAUAUGUCUCUUAGUGUUUUAAAUACAUAUCACAAUAAUAAGAAAGUUGAUAAAAUGAAUAAUGUCAUAACAGAUGGACCAUAUAUAAAGGAGCCAGAUAUUGUGGAUAUAGGAAAUGACAAUGAGGUUGAUUUGCAUCAAGCUACUUCAGAUUUUGUAGCUGAUUUUUACAGUGCAGGAGACUCAUUCCUAACUGCAGAUGCCCCUCAUACACCUUCAUCACCAUCUGGUGGUGAUUUUGAAGUUGUGAGUAAAAAGAAAAGGAGUAAACGAUGUAAGAAUGGGUCACAGAUAACAUCCUAUGGUUUGAGGAGUGGAGGUUUUGACAAAGUGAGUGGUGGUAGCAACAGUGGGAGCAUAUAUGGUGAUGGUGGUAUAUGUUUACCUCGAUUUUCUCAAAGAUCAGGUGGAAGUUACGAAAGACCUCACAUUAACUUUGCGGAAGGACCACGUUCAGCCCAUGAAAACCCUUUUUGGGCACCUUGGUCACAGUUGGGUGUUGGUGAGAGAUAUGGGGGAGACCGGUACACAGGUACAACCACAAGUGCCCCCCAUAGUGAAGAUUCGGGCUCAGAUGGGGAUGAUUCUGUACACUCGAUGCCUGUUCCUUCCAUUACCCCAAGGCCUGACGUCCGUAAACCUCCUCCCUCCUCAGAUUCAACACCUCAAGCUUCAUAUGCAAACAUUGCUAAGCUUGCUGCCUCUGCUAAUCGUUCGCAGAUGAAGCGAAUAUUACCUUCAGCUAGCCAGCCUGGAGCUGUUGUUUUGAAGGAAUUAGAAGGGGAACCCAGUUUCAAUGAAAGUGUGGAACUAAUGGACUCAAAGUCAUCAUUGUUGACUGAAUCUCGUCCUACUAACAUAUUAGAUGACAAUUUCCCAUCUUUAGCAGAAAGUUUAGGUGGUAUAUGCCCUCCUAGUGCAAUAUCCACCUUGAAAUCAAGUGAAUUGCGGACCAACCCCCUGAGUGAGAAUUUAGUGAUGCAGCCUGGAAAUGUUUGUGUAGUGCAUAACCCUGAUCAGUUAAAAGAAACCUCUGUUGUUGGGGAGACUAUUUGUGGGCAGAAAGAAAGUACAGAUCGUAUUUUAAUAACAGCACCUGUUAAUAGUGUUGAUGGAGUGACAACAGAAAAGCGACUAAUUAAGUCUCCAAAUGAGUCUCUCUCAAACUCUGUGUUACAGACUCAGCAGCAGCAAAUAUCUGUCCAACACCAAGAACAAUAUCAAAUGCAGCAGCCUCCUCCUCAUAUACAACAACAGCACCCGCAGCAUUAUCAACAAGACAAUAAACAUCAGACUGUGCAUAAUCAGCAUAAUACUCAGCAUCCUCAUUAUACUCCGACUCAACAGCUACCAGUACAACACAACCAAUAUCAACGACAAAAUUUGCAUCCUCACUCAGGUCAGAACCCUUCAUACCACUCACAGCAAAAUACUCAAAUACCAAUUCAACAGCAAAAACAAACUCAACAGUUGUCCCAACAGUCUCACCCAGCUCCACCUUUUACACAACCUCCUCCCCCAUUACAACAGCAGCUUCAGCAGACUCAACCACCACAACUUCCAAAACAGAAUAUCCAAAACCCACAACCUCAACAAAGUCUGCUAUUGCAACCAAAUCCUCAUCCCCAACAAAGUGCACAUCCACAAUCCAACAUGCAUUCCCAGCUGAGUUUGCAAACACAACCAAACUCACACAUCCAGCCAAACAUGCAGUCUCAAAAUCCACAUCCCCAGCAGAACCCUCAUUCACAGAAGAACCCUCAUUCCCAACAGAACCCUCAUCCCCAGCAGAACCCUCAUCCCCAGCAGAACCCUCAUCCCCAGCAGAACCCUCAUCCUCAGCAGAACCCUCAUCCUCAGCAGAACCCUCAUCCUCAGCAGAACCCUCAUCCCCAGCAGAAUCUGCUCCAACAAAACCCACAUCCACAACAACAACAACAUCCACACCCCCAGCAGAAUCCACACCCCCAACAAAACACCCCUCCCCAACAGAAUACACAUCUGCAACCAAACCUUCAUCCUCAAGGACAUUCACAUUCUCAAACCAGCUUGCUUACUCAACAGAUUUCACCUCGCCAACAAAGUCUGCAUCCACAGUUAAACCCACAUUCCCUACAAAAUCCACUUCCUCAACAAAGUCUGCAUCCCCAGUCAAACCCACAGCAAAAUCCACCAUCCCAACAGACUCCUCAGCCUCAGCAAAGUCCACAGUCUCAGCGAAGUCCACUGCCACAGCAAAGUCCAAAGCCAUUGCAGACCUCUUUGGAACAAAACAUGCUACCUGAGCAGUCCUCUGUUCCCUUACUUAGCAAUGCUAAUGGACUGUUGGUGGGGGAUGCCAGUGAGGACAAACAGACUCUUGGUAGCAGAUGCCAAGGUAAACCAACCAAGAAUGGGCCAGUGGCACCCAGUGGUCAGUCAGGUGAUACUAGUCGUGUGAAGAAACUGGAGCCUGCAGUUGUAUUUACAGACAAUGCCAAAUUCAAUCUUAGUGUCAGUGGAAUUGAAUUUGGCUUUGGGUUUGAUGAUCCCAUAGUGACAACUAGUGAUAAUGAAGUGAGUGGAAAUGACACUUGUGUGUUAGAUAAUGAAGACAGUAAUUGUAAUAAUAACAAUAACAACCACUUGAAAAAUAACUUAACAGUGACAAAAGACUUCUGCAAAUUGUUUAAUGCACCCAAGAAUGACAAGAUUAACUACAACUAUGAAGAGCUCAUUAAACAUGUUUCUGAAGAAUGGGUUUUGACAUUACGGAUGAUGAAAGACGACCCUAAGAAUAUCCAGUAUUGGAGAGCUGCUGGGAGCACAGAAGAAGCAUAAUGUGGGUGUGCAGCUUUUUGUGCCUUAGGGGCAGGGAAAAGGAUUAAUGGGAAUUGAAAUAACCAUUAAAGAUGAUGGCUUAAUUUAUCAUCCAUUGGAUACUGAAUGCCUUUACAAGAUAAAGAUGAAAGCCAUCAAUGACUGGAUGGUUAUGGAAGUGUGGACAUGACGUAAAGUGUUGUAAGAGUGUUGAAAGAACACUUGGAAGCUUUCGUGAUUCUAUGUGAUUAUGCAAACUAUAUGAAUUACUAUCUAGAAAGAAAGUCUGCAGACUAAGAAAAUGGAAUAUUAAAGACUUUAACUGCAGACACCAGUCUAAAUAUCUCAGGCCACUUUGAAUUGGAGGAACUUGUAUUAUUUAAAUAUCUAACUCCCAAAGAGGUCAAAGUUACUUAUGUGAUCUCUGCCUAACAAAUUGUUAUAUCCUGCAAGAAAGAAUAGCUUUGUUGAUGUAUACAAGAAUGAGGGUGUUAAGCAUUUCACCACCUCAGGUGUCUAUUUAAGCAAAGUUAUUUAUGAAAUAUACUGGAGUGGUAUUGAUAUUUAUGAAUAUACUCUUAUUGACACUUGAAGUUAUAACAGUGCUUUCCAGAAUGUGUGAGAUUGAAUGACUUGUGAAAAACUUCAGAUACAGUGAUUAAGUGUUGUGAUCUUGUUAUUCCUCUUCAAAGAAGAAUAUUUCUUUGGAGCAGAUUUUGUCAGGAGUGUAUCCAUUUACUCUGUUGUCCAGUCCGGAAACACUUAAUUGGGAUGUGAAAGCGAUUAUAAAAAGGCAAAGUGUAAUGUUUGGCUUCUGCUGCUCAUACAAACAUUUGAAGAUGCGAAUGCACCGUGUUUUCCUGAAUAUUGUGAUACUUAACACGCUGUGCUUGAGGUGUUUACCUCCUUAAAGUGUCUUUUAAAUCUUCUAGUCUCAAGAACUAUAGUAGUGAAGUCCUACUUAGAGGUGCAACUCCCCUGUUGGUCCAGAGCUAAGGACAAAGAAUUGAAAGACUCGUGGGGAGGACUUAAGGCAUCUUGUGGAGGCUGCUUUACAUAUUAUAGAGCCCCCCAUCAGAAGCUGGUCAUUUUGGUGGUAGACCAGGGCAUUCCUGUUGGAAUUCUCUCAAAGACUGCAGCAGUGGUGCCUCAGUGUACAAAGCCUAGAAGGGUACUUUUGAUGUUGCCAUUAAUUGUUGUUACUAAAAUUAAUGAAGAUGGUGUAUCUUAAUGUUUUUGUACAGAGUACUUACUUUUGAGGAUUUAUAAGAGAAAUUUGUUAAAAUACAUCAGAAGAUUUUUUGUGUAUUUUUCCCUUAUUAAUAUUCAUUAAAAAUUCUUUGUGGCAACACCAUUGCAACAUCCUUGCCCCAAGGCUAACCUGCAGUUGUGAAGUGGAGAGAGACAAGGUUUGGUAGCAGCACUACUGUGUGAUAACACUAAAGUCAUGUGGUCAAUAUAGUUGUUUGUGCAAUGUGGUUACAUCUAACUUCUACAUGUAUUACUGGCAUGUAACCAGUGGUAAUUUCUAGCCUGGUAUAGUGGUGUCUUAUUAAAGGUAAUUUUGUUUGAAUCCAGAUCACCAUGUAUAAGCCUCACGAAUCUUCAUCCUAAAGGUUUAGAGCAACUAAUCUUUUCACAUAAUGUUUGCUGCCAGACUUUUCAGCUAGCUUCUCUACUGCCUGCAUUUGCUGUGUGCACUUCGUCCCAGAUAGGUGUGAACUGGGCCCACUGUUGACAUGUUAUUUAGGCUGUGUUAUUUUGUUGUGCAGAGUUGAAGUUCUGCAGUUAUAUGCUCUGCUGUAUUCCCCAAGAGAGCCACGUAGUUUUGUGUACCAGUGAGUAUCUAGUUUCUUUGUAAUGGUUAUGUCAUCUGUUGAGAAUCAAAAAAAAAAAAGUGUACAGUGCAGUGAAGUGUUCCUGAAAAAAUACAACUGCAAGGACAAGAAAACCUAGUGAAAACUGUAUUCUUAUGUAUGAAUGUGCAUACGUGUUCGCAGGCUCAUUGCUCCAGAUAGUUAAAUGUGGAAACAGAAACAGUACCAGAUGCCAGUGCUCUUUGGAUAUUUACUUCAAAAACAGUUCUGCUGCUUAGGGAACAAAUCCCAGUAUAAAAACAAUGUGAGACUUACAUAUGAAAAAGUUUUCAUUGGAUCUCCUUUUGUGUAAUGUGCAUAAACCAAAGAUUAAUUGAACUAAGCUGUCCAUUAAUUGGUAGCUCUCAUCCAUGCUCUCUGUGACCUGAAACAGCUCACAGACUAUCUUUGGGAGGUUAACUAAAGUAAGCAACACAAAUUUAUUUAUGUAUGCAUAAUUAUAUAUGCAUGGGAUGUGCUUCACAGCAUAAGACAGCUAAUAGGACAGUGUACCCAGAGGAUUGUGUAUGAAUGUGGUGUCUCUGACACACUGCCAUGAGUUAGCCUGCAAUCCAUUUAGGUCUUGAUGUCUUUGGGGAAUUAAUGGUAUUGGGGCUCAAGGAUGGGCCUCAUAUGACUGUGUUGUAGAACCCACCCUUUUAUUUUAUUUUUCAUUUCAUUUUUAUUUUAUUUUUUCCAAUUGGUUGGUGACUUGUUUAAGCACCAUCUUAUUGCUUUUCUACUGUAUCAUAUUUCUUUAUGGGGGCUGCUGCUUAAUUGCCUCCUGGGUUAGCUGCCCUGUUGAGCCUGUACAAAUCUUGAGUUAUAGUUUUAUUUUUGAGCCCAUAAUGUGGAUGGAUAUAUUGACUUUUUUUUAUGGGAAGCUCUAGUUAAUGCUGAAAUAGCAAAUGCCUAACUUAUGGAUUUAAUGUGAUAAGACUCUUUCAUGUUGUUACUAUUUUUGUGUAUUUUAGUUAUUGUUGUAUUUAAAUUAUUGUUUACAUAAGGCGCAACAUUCAAAAAUUGUACAGGUUCAACAUUACAGCUUUGAGCUGCCUUCUGUUGUUCUGAUCAACGUACAAAGGCCUUGUUUUCCCCUCAUUUCAGUGCUCUAUGGAGGAAAGCCUGCUUCAUCUGUCUAAACAAUCACUCCCAGCUGUUAACAGAAUUUUAUGAACUGUAAACAGUACUAUCUCACCCUUGCUGUUGACUUACCUUAAUCUCAUAGCAUUUCAUCAAUCUGUUACCAGGUGAUUGUAUCAUGUUAAAUAGAAGUGACAGCUGCCAUCACCAGGCAGCUGUGCCAUGUAUCACUAGACCUCACUCAUGCUGUUAGCAGAUAACUCGGUAACUCCAAACAUUUGCUCCUUUGUUGACAGCAUCUGAGAUCGCCACAGAAUACAGUGCCAAGAAUGGAUAUUCAGAAGUGAUUUGCUUUCUUAUUUAAUCCAAUAUGGUCAGGUCUCAAGCUAUUGGCUAUGUCAGUACAGUCAAUAUUGUGGAGGUAUUGGUGUUGUCUUCCAUCAAGGUUUAUAUGUGAUAUGAAUUUAUUCCAAUGGAGAGAACACUCCAAAAACAUGUGUGAGUAUAUGCUUCAGAGAGAUAUAGAUAAGAAGGAUUAUUUAAUUUUUUCUCAAAUAUAUUUUCCCUAGCAUUCCCUGGUUACUCUGUCAGCCCAGGAAAACCACAAUCAACUACUUGUUCAUUGCCCUACCUGUAGGUGAUUCACUGUAUUCUGAAGGCGUUUCUCUCGGUUAUUCAUUGCUGAAAUGAAGUAAUUUUCCAAACAUACAAUGUGUGCAAUGUUUCAAGGCAGUUGAAAAGACCAAUGUACUCUGCAAUAAAGUUUCACUGCAAACACUCGCAGACUGUAAUGAACUUGA